CGAGAUGGCAUGCUGUUGAAUUAUUUAUCGUAUAUCGUACAAGAGCUCCAACAGUAUCCAUUCUACAAUUAGGUAGAACAAACAACAAAACAACAAAAUUCGUUGCAUCGUUUUCGCAAGGAGGCAAGAAACUCCGCCCAAAAAAGAAUAGCAAGAAAUAUAGGAAAAACAGAUAUGCCCCAGUCAGAGUCCAAACAAAUUGACCGUGUACCGACAUUGAAGGCAAACAAUACGCCCUUUUCUCCCGUGACUCCAUGCUCGAUCCCGCUUGCGUAAAAGGAGAGUGGCUACAAGGUAAAACUAUCCCUUUGCCGUGCAAUCAAAGGCCCAACAAUAUCAUCCAAAGAUACCAAAAAGGAGGGUAUAAGAAGCAAAAUCCAUCAUUCCCGUACCAAACAGACACUGGCUCCCAUCGUUUGAGCCCGAGUCGUCCAUCCGUCAUUGAAUAUACCGUAUAAUUUUUUUAAGCCGUAGGUCAUUUUGACAAAAAAGAAUGGUGUAUCGUUAUUUGCUUUCAUUAUCCUUAUUUCCUCCUUGCUCCAUAGAGGGACCAAAAGGAAAAGCAGG